AUGGCAAUCUCUCGAUCCACAGCCGCUCGCCGGCUCGUGUCGUUAUCAACCCAACAGACCCGCCGCUAUUCCGCACCUACCGACGGCGCAAUCCCACCCAACAAGGCCAAAUACGUACCCACCGAAGGAACCUACCCCAAGGGCUUUGUCGUUGGCAGCGCACAUGCUCAGGUCAAGGCCUCAAAUACAAAGUUCGACGACCUUGCCCUCAUCGCGUCAGAAACACCAUGUUCGGCCGCACUCGUCACGACGCAGAACCAUUUCCAGGCCGCUCCCGUCAGCGUCAGCAAGAAGAUCAUGUUCCAGCACCAGAGCAAGAGCAUUCGGGGUGUCGUCAUCAACUCCGGCUGCGCCAACGCUGUGACAGGAAAAGGUGGACGCGAGGAUGCCAUGCGCAUGGCCAAGCUCACUCACGACCUCUUGAAUAAGCGCAACCCCACUGAAGACGACCAGGAUGUCUCGGCCAUUCGUACUCUGGUCAUGAGCACCGGCGUCAUUGGACAGCGUCUACCAAUUGAUCGCAUCGAAGCUAAGAUCCCCACCCUCGUCGAGUCCCUAGGAAACACCCACGAUCACUGGCUCCGUUCUGCACGCGCCAUCUGUACCACCGAUACCUUCCCUAAGCUCCUUUCCCGCCAGUUCACCCUCCCUUCGUACCCGGGCAUCACUUUCUCCAUUGCCGGUAUGACCAAGGGUGCCGGCAUGAUCCACCCCAACAUGGCCACCCUCCUCGGUGUCAUCUGCACCGAUGCCCCCAUCCAAAAGACUGCCCUGAGAACUCUUCUCUCCACAGCAACAAACUCCUCCUUCAACCGCAUUACCGUCGAUGGUGACACCAGCACAAACGACAGCGUCGCUCUCUUCGCAAACGGGAUGGCCGCCCCUGGAAGUGAUGUCCUUGAAAAGCAAUCGGAAGACUACAAGGAGAUGAACAAGGUCCUGACCUCUUUCAUGGAGGAUCUGGCCAAGCUUAUCGUCCGUGAUGGCGAGGGUGCUACAAAGUUCGUCACCGUAAGAGUGACAAAGGCCGACAACCACACCGCUGCUCAUGUUGUUGCCAACUCCAUUGCCACCUCUGCACUCGUCAAGACGGCCUUGUAUGGCAAGGACGCAAACUGGGGACGCAUUCUGUGUGCCAUUGGCUACGCGCCCGGAAACACCUGCAUUCGUCCUAAUCAGACUUCCGUGUCAUUCAUACCUGCCGAUGGCUCUGAGGAGCUGAAGCUUCUUGUAAACGGCGAGCCUCAAGCUGUUGACGAAGCCCGUGCAGCCACCAUCUUGGAGAUGGAAGACCUGGAGAUCCUCGUCAAGCUGAGCAACAAGGAGAAAGAUGUCGGUGAAGCCACCGUCUACACCUGCGACUUCUCGCACGAAUACGUCACCAUCAACGGCGAUUACAGGACGUAG